AUUGCCCGACAAAAACGGUUUCGAGAUUCGAGAAUAACCGUAGACUAAAAAAUGAACCCGACGUUAAACAAACAAGAACAAGAAAAAAAUGAAGAGAAACUGAUAUUGUUGCUGUAAGAAAAUCAUAAAACAUCCAAUUGUAGUCGUAGAGAGAGAAUUGGGUUCACCUUUUUGUGGGUGUUGGUGGAGUUUUGAGAUCUUGUCAGGUCGAUCGGGAAGACAGAAGAAAAUUGAUUUGCAGAUGGGGAGAGAUGUUGCAGGCUUGCAUGUUGACAGGAACUCUAAAACUGUCAAUAUGAAACCCAAUGGUACCUUUCGUGGUACAGUUCAUGUUGCUCCCAAAAUCGCAUCGGAAAAAGUUGAAACAGAGGAUUGUGAGCUGGGAGAUCAUGCUGAAAGAGGCAUAGUUUCUAAUGAAAGUAAUACAGAACAAGAUGUGCUAGGAGUCAAAAGCACCAACCAUGAGCCUGAGCAGAAAAGUCCGAAGGCUGAGGUUCAGAAGUUGAGUGAUGAUAAAUUAAAUUCCUUGGUUAAGCCUGAGUCCUGUUCUGCUGUCAAUGGGUCGAUCAACAAGGAUUUCUCUCAGCUGCUUACAUCAAAUGUCGAGGAUGAGAAACUAACAUCAAAUGAAAGCCAUGCUAAUGGGACUAAAACCAUUGAUUAUGGCGAAAAAUGUUCACCAAAAUCCAGUGAUGCAAGUUACCAUGCUAAUGGGACUAAAACCAUUGAUUCUGGUGAAAAAAGUUCACCAAAAUCAAAUGAUGCAAGAUACCAUGCUAAUGGGACUAUAACCAUUGAUUCUGGUGAAAAAAGUUUACCAAAAUCAAAUGAUGCAAGUUAUGCCAAGAGCGUAGGAAAUUCACAGACAAAAUCACAUUUGGAAUCAAGGAACCUGCUGCAACCUAAUGAAAACAAUUAUCAGUAUGAAGAUGAUAAUUGGUCCUUGGCUUCCUCUGCAGCAUCCGUACGGACAGUUAAAUCCAGAGUUACCGUUCCAGUGGCUCCAUCAUUUAGAUGCAUGGAUCGUGCAGAGAGACGCAAGGAGUUUUACAGGAAGUUGGAGGAAAAACACAAAGCUUUGGAGCAAGAGAAACUUGAAUGUGCAGCUAGAACCAAGGAAGAAGAAGCUGCUGCUAUAAAGCAGCUCAGGAAGAGCAUGACGUAUAAAGCAAAUCCAGUUCCAAGUUUUUACCGUGAAGGGCCUCCUCCUGUGAAGGUUGAAUUUAAAAAGAUGCCAGUGACUCGUGCAAAAUCACCAAAUCUAUCACGGAGAAAGAGCUGUGGUGAUGUAGUCAAAUCAACACCAGAGGAAAAGGGAAUUUCUGCUCGAGCACCGGGUCGCAGCAUAGGCAUUUUCAAAGAAGGCAAUAACACCCCUAUCACUACCAAAACUUGCAAUGGAACUAGAGAAGUUACUAAUCGUCCUCACCAUUCGAAAAAACCAACAGAAAAGUCUUGUGAGGUAUCAGAACAGACAACUGCAGAUCUUGCUGUUGAGUCGUGAAGAGUCUAGUGUUCCCUUAAAAGUUUGCCAUUUAGCAAGGUAAAGUUUCAACUUCCCUUAUUGCGACCAAAAUGUUCUGGCCAGGUAAAAGGGUUUCUUUCUUUCUUACCCGUAGUUACUUGGCAAAAGUGAUAUCUGAUUCUGGCUUGUAUAUUUUCUAUAAUUUAUUAUGUUCAUGUAUUGAUUAUGAAGAACUGGGUGCUGUUGCUGCCUUCUAAUAGGAUAAAUUUGUAAUCUUGUGUAUAACAGAACUUCUAGUAGUAGUAACUUGUAAUGAGAAAUCUUUUUCAAGCGAUAUGUCA